GUCAUUCUGAGUCUGACUGAAUUGAGCUGAAGCGUCAAGAUUAGUCUCAAUUAAUUGUCGUCUGUAGUUUUCUCUAGUUUUUCGAUUAAUAUACAAUAAAAGUAUGUGUACAUUAUCCUAUUAACUGCGGAAAUCGACUUUUUAUUACAUUAUAAUCGUAUGAGACGACGUAACUCCAUGCUUAUUUCCUCACAAAAUGUGUAAUUCUGAGAUGACGAUCAUCCGAGUUUUCCUCCUUCUUACUCUCAGUUCGAGGCUGAGCUUGAGCUUUUACAUUCCUGGCGUCGCCCCAGUAGAGUUCAAGAAAGGAGAUCGGAUCGAAGUGAGAGCUGUAAAAAUGACAAGCACUCAGACUCAGCUGCCAUUUGAGUACUACUCUCUUCCAUUCUGUCCGCCCAAAAACAGGACAUACAAGUACAAGUCAGAAAACCUAGGAGAGGUGCUCAGAGGAGAUCGGAUUGUGAACACACCGUACGAGGUACGGAUGGCUCAAGAUGUCAGCUGCAGAUUGCUGUGUCAUUCUCCAGGGAUGCCGAUGCACUGGUCGUAUGAGGACCAAUUAAAAGUCAUGUACAGAAUCCGACAUGAAUAUUCAGUUCAUUUGUUGGUAGACAAUUUACCAUGUGCUACCAAAACAGUGAGUCCUGAUGGUAAUGAAGUACAAUACGAGCAUGGGUACAGGCUGGGCACUACAUCAAAUGGGCGAGCCUUCAUCAAUAAUCACCUCAAAUUGAUACUGCUUUACCACACUGUGAAUGAGGAAACAUUCCGAGUGGUGGGAUUCGAGGUAGAGGCCAGCAGUAUCGACCUGUCAGCUCUGCAGUUUGAGGGUGACAGUUGCCAGUUCCCCAGCGAGGGGAUGGUGCGACCACAGGAGAUUGGGGCUAGCCAAGACUCUCUAAGUCUACAGUUCACAUACUCUGUGCAGUGGAUGGCAUCCGAUGUCAGCUGGGCUUCUCGCUGGGACAUCUACCUGGGCAUGACUGACGUGCAGAUCCACUGGUUCUCCAUCGUCAACUCUCUUGUUGUUGUCUUCUUCCUCUCAGGUAUUCUGACCAUGAUCAUGGUAAGGACUCUGAGACGGGACAUAGCACGCUACAACGCAGAUGAGGGUAUAGAGGAGGCCUUGGAGGAAUCUGGGUGGAAGUUGGUGCAUGGAGACGUAUUCCGACCACCUCGAUAUCCCAGACUGUUUGCAGCUGUCGUAGGCUCCGGCAUCCAGAUAUUCUUCAUGUCCCUCAUUACCAUAUUUUUUGCGAUGUUGGGAAUGCUCUCUCCUGCAUCUAGAGGGGCUCUCAUGACAGCUGCGAUCUUUCUCUAUGUGUUCAUGGGUCUCAUCGCAGGUUACGUGUCAGCCAGGCUGUAUAAGACUAUUAAAGGUCGCAAAUGGAAAAGAGCUGCAUUUUUGACAGCCACAUUAUACCCUGCGAUCGUGUUCGGCACUGGGUUCUUCCUCAACUUUUUCAUCUGGGGCAAGAACUCAAGUGGUGCGGUACCGUUCUCUACAAUGCUCUCUCUGCUGUUACUGUGGUUCGGCAUCUCUCUGCCACUGGUUUACCUCGGUUAUUAUUUUGGGUACCGCAAACAGCCCUUUCAGCAUCCUGUCCGUACCAACCAGAUACCACGCCAGGUUCCAGACCAGCUGUGGUACAUGAACCCCAUGUUAUGUACUCUAAUGGCUGGUGUGCUGCCGUUUGGAGCGAUCUUCAUAGAACUGUUCUUCAUCCUGACAGCCAUCUGGCAGAACCAGUUCUACUACUUGUUUGGUUUUCUCUUUCUUGUCUUCAUAAUUCUAGUCAUCUCCUGCUCUCAGAUUUCUAUUGUCAUGGUCUACUUCCAACUUUGUGGAGAGGACUAUCACUGGUGGUGGCGCUCGCUGCUGGUGUCAGGAGGCUCAGCAGUCUAUGUCCUCGGCUACUCUGUGUUCUAUUUCCUGACCAAGCUGGAGAUCUCAGAGCUGGUGCCGACCCUGUUGUACUUCGGUUACACAGGCAUCAUGGUCCUUACGUUCUGGCUGCUGACGGGUACCAUCGGCUUCUUCGCAGCGUACGCCUUUGUCAUCAAGAUUUAUGGAGCUGUCAAGAUUGACUAGACACUUAUCGUCGUAGGCGUUUUGUAAAUAUAUAAAUAAAAAGUGACAUUUUUUAAAUCACCACCUGCGUAUUUACCACUGUAAAUAACUCACUGUUGAAUAUUUUAGUGUAUCUUAUUUCAGCUAAUUUUAAGGCGAGUUGGACUGCAUUUACGUUAUGAACUAUGUACUUUUGUGAAUGAACAUUUAAUGUAAGAUAAAUAAAUUAGUUAGUAUUUCAGCGGCAGUACAAAAUAACUUACUGUAAUUUAUAUAAAGUAUCUAUAUAUUUUGUUUUAAUCUUGUACGUAUUAUGUCAGCCAGCAGCCAAUGUAAAUUUAGCUUUGGGUGUUGAUUUUUAAAGACAAUUAUUUAAUGAUAUGUAUUUGAUAAUAGACUUGAAGUUAUAUAGUUUUACGAUGAUUUAUUUGUAUAAAGAUAUUUAAGUGCUAAUGAUCCCUGUUGUGUAUUUUUUUAACUGUAAAAAACUUAAUUUGAAUGUUUAAUCAGGUGCUAUAAAUACCAAAUUCUGUAUGUAUUUUAAACCACCCUGAAUAAAAGAAGGUUUUGUAAAAAAUGAAA